CACGAACACCUGCCGACCCCCGCAGUGAGACGGUAUAAAUCGUGCACGUCGGACUGAGAAAUGUCAGUACAGCAGUACGUUGCCAUGUUGUUCAAGGUCGUUGUUUUCGUCGCCGCGGCAGUAGUCGUGGCAGCUCCCGCUGCGGCCUUUGAGGCUUCGGACUGCUCGGAGGUGCCGGGCUGUCUGAACGAGUAUCAAUGGAAACAUAAGGUCGACCAGGCACGAGCCCAGGCUUUCUGCGCUGACAGGUACAAGACCUGCAAGAAUGCUGACGGCAGUGACAUGAAGCAGUACUGCAAGGUCGCCUCCCCUCAAUGCGUCUUGUUCGUGUUCGAGUACAUCGGUCUGGACGACAAGGCCAAGAAACAGGCUCAGGACUUCUGCAAGAAGAGGCUUCCUCGCUGCCAGUAGCCGCACCCACCCACCCAC